GCUCGACACGAUCUCUCAAUUUUACUAUUACCACAUUUUUAACAAUGAAAUUGGAAUUUAAUUAAAUAUGGUUUUUUGUUAAUGAAUUUUAAUUACACUUUUCUGUGUGUAUUAACAUAUCUUAUGCGAUAAACAAUUAUUUGAAUACAAACCUGAAAGCAAUAUAACAUACUAAAAAGCCUUCCAUAGUUGAAUCUUAUAAUUUACAUAAUUAAAUUAUAUUAAUUAUUUUUAUUUAUUAUUUUUGUAAUUUAUAAUUUGUAAAUUAAUUGUAUUUUGAUUAAAAUGAUUAAUCUGUAAAAUAUUGUUUAUAAUGGCGUUGUACCAUUUAGCUAACAUCUGCGGCUCACAGUAUUCAGGAGGAAGGAUCUGUUUUAAUCCUGAUGCGUCCUGUGUUUUGGCUCCAGUAGGAAAUCGCAUAAAUAUAUAUGAUUUACAAACAAAUAAAAGUUCAACACUCAGUUCUGAAACUAGAACUAACAUUGUACUAAUAGCAAAUCAUCCUUCAAAACCACUGUCAAUUCUUGUUGAUGAUAAUGGAUUCGGAUAUAUAUUAAACCUAAUUAGAGAUAAAAUAGUCCAUAGACUACAAUUUAAAUCUUCAACUAACAUUUCUACUGCUGAAAGUAAGGGAUACAACUCUUUAAACACACAAAAGAAAAGACUAAUCCACGCAAGUUUUAGCCCAUAUGGGAAAUACUUUGCCGUUUCAAUUCAGAAGAAACUACUUGUUUGGUUAUCUCCGGAUGAGAAGUUAAGUUGGAGGAUGACACUGCACCUGGAAAUUACAGGGCAUAUGGAUAAUAUUAACAGUUUAGACUGGUCAAAAGAUUCUAAGUACAUUUGUACAAGUUCAAAAGAUUUGACAGUUAGGCUUUGGUGUGUAGAGCCUGAUGACACCUUUGUGCCAGUGGCAUUUGUAGAUCACAGAAGAUCAGUUAAGGCAGCUUUUUUCACAGAUGAUAUGAACAGAAUUUGUAGUGUAUCCAAAGAAGGCGUUAUAAUAAUUUGGAAGCGAACAGAUUUAACAAACGGGGAUAAUGCAGCAAAACUGAUAGGAUCAAGGAGUAAAAAUAACUUUCUAAAGAAAUCAAACAAGUUAAAUGAUUCCAAACACUCAGAAAAUCAACAAUCGUGGAUUAGAGAAACUAAAGGAUAUUGCAACCAGCCCGCAAAUUCGACAGUGUCAGUGGUUACUUUUAACUCCAAUAUCGGAUUAUUUGUUGUUGGCUUCACAGGUGGAACAUUUGGCCUAUAUAAUAUUCCUGAACUGACAACCAUUUACACACUCAAAAUAGGAGAACAAAUUCCAGUCAUUGACUCAGUUGACAUAACAAGUGACGGCCAGUGGAUUGCACUAGCUUGUUCACAAACCGGUACCAUAGUAGUGUGGGAAUGGAAAAGUGAGACUUUUGUAAUGAAACAACAGGCUCACCUGGGAGGAGUGAGAUGUUGUUCAUUUUCAUAUGGUUCCAAUCUGGACAGAUUGGGCAGUCUGGCAGAAAAUAAGCAGGAUUUCGAUAGAGCACUUUCUAGUAAAAAUUUGGGAAUGGGAACAAGAUUCCUAGUAGCAACUGGGGGUUUUGAUGGAAAAGUUAAACUCUGGGACAACAAUACAGGUCUAUGCUAUGUAACACUGACUGAACACAGCGCUUCAGUAGAAGCUAUCGCAUUCACACCUCAGGGAAAUGCACUGAUAUCAGCUUCCUUGGAUGGAACCGUUAGAUGUUUUGACCUGUUUAGGUUCAAAAACUUUAGAGUCCUGACUGCAACCAGAACUCAAUAUACAAGUGUUGCAGUUGACGGAUCAGGAACAAUAGUAGCCGCAGGAACUAAGGGUGAUACAAACUCAGUGUUCAUAUGGCAAAUACAAACUGGGAAGGUUUUAGAUGAGCUUGUAGGGCACACUGCUCCCGUAACAUCAGUUUCAUUCCAUCCGCAUCCUUCAUACAACGGAUUCCUAGUAUCAUCGUCAUGGGAUAACACAAUCAAGAUUUGGAAUGUUUUUGGCAGAAAAGAUAAGGCAGGAUCGGUUGAGUCAGUACUUAACUCUUCAAGUGUAAUAUCAACAGCGUUUGAUCCAAGGGGAAAUUCAAUAUUGGCAGCAUCAGUACUAAGCGGACAAAUUCUUUUCUGGGAUUUAGAUAACGUAGAGCAAAUUGGGUCAAUUGACGGAUUAAGGGAUAUACAGCCUGGAAGACACUACACAGAGGCAUUUUCAGCAAUAAACAUAAAGAAGGAUCCACAUAGUAUUAACAGAAAUAACUAUUUCAACUCACUUUCAUAUUCUUCAUGUGGAACAAUGAUAGUCUGUACAGCUAAAAACUCGCCUCAUGUAGCAGUUUAUAGCACAGAAAACUAUCUUCUUCUGCAUGUGUUCACCUUGACAAGGAACGACUCGCUAUCAGGUGUAAAGAGGUUUCUGAGUUCUAAAUAUAUGACUGAGUAUGGGUUUUCAGUACACGAGCUUGAUCUCUCAGACGAGGAGAUCUUUGAGGAUUCAAGGAAGUUGAGUAGAAUCCAGGCCCAUAAGUCUCUACCAGGAGUAGAAGUGGGAGAGUUUAAAGUGACCCAGGAUCGAUUUAAUGUUUGGGAAGUUAACUAUUCACCAGAUGGAAGACAGUUUGCAGUUUCAACUUCUCAAGGUGUAUUUAUAUACUCUCUGGACGUUACAAGGAAUGUUGAGUACACAAACCAAAUGCUUAAGUCGGUUCACAACUUCCAGCCUCAAAUUAUAACAAAAAGUGUAACCAAAUCGUCAAUCCUAUCACACCUUGAGAAGAAUGACUUUGUAGGCGCCUUCAUAUUGGCACUUGCAAUGAAUAACUUUAAAAUAAUGCUAAAGGCCUAUGAAGCUGUUCCAACAGGUAAAAUAGCCUCUGUGGUUUCUUCACUUGACUCCACGCUUGUUUUGGUACUGCUUAACUUUAUCAGGAAUGUGCUUAACACCUACUCCACUAACGGAACUACGCAUUUAGGACUUCACCUUGUGUGGCUCAGUACGAUUUUCUCAAUUCACCAGAAUACUCUGUCUAAUUAUUCAGGCUCGCAAACAUCCACAGAGUCGCUUUCCGAUUUAAGGACUAUGAUGUUGUUGCUACUCAGGCAAAUCAGGGAAUCUAGGGCGAACAUCCUGGGACUCCUCGCUUCAAACGCCUAUUCCUUUGAUUAUUUGUGUAAUUUAAAGUGAUUCUAUAUU